AUGGGAACUGAUUCUCCCACUGAAAAAAUAUAUCAAUCUUUAUUAACAACUAAACCUAGUUGCUUCUCUUCACCUUCGUCUGGAGAAAUCGAUUCGUUAGAACCAAACCUAACACCAGAAGAAGAAGCUUUACUCAUAAAGCUGAAGAGUAAUCGAAUCUCAGAGAUUGAAGAAGCUUUGGUUUCGAUUCGACGCGUUACGAGAAUCGACGAAGGUUCAAGAAUCAGUUUAUGUACGACGAGACUCAUCUCUGCACUUAAGUCACUGAUCGUCUCGAGAUACGCGACGGUUCAGGUGAACGUCACGGCGGUUCUUGUGAACCUGUCUCUGGAGAAAUCUAACAAAGUUAAGAUCGUACGGUCAGGAAUUGUUCCGCCGUUGAUCGACGUUUUGAAAUGCGGCUCCGUUGAAGCUCAGGAGCAUUCCGCCGGAGUUGUUUUCAGUUUAGCUCUGGAAGACGAGAACAAGACGGCGAUUGGUGUUCUCGGAGCUUUGGAGCCGCUGCUUCAUCUGAUCCGAGUUGGUACUGAGUUGACUCGGCAUGACUCGGCGUUGGCUCUGUAUCAUCUCUCUCUAGUGCAGAGCAACAGAGGGAAGCUUGUUAAGCUCGGAGCUGUUCAGAUGCUUUUGAACAUGGUGAAUUUAGGACAGAUGAUCGGUCGUGUUUUGUUGAUUCUUUGUAACAUGGCUUCGUGUCCGGUGAGUAGACCAGCUUUGCUUGACUCGGGAGGUGUUGAAUGUAUGGUUGGGGUUUUGAGAGGAGCCAGAGAGGUUCACGAGUCGACUAGGGAGAGCUGUGUUGCGGUUUUGUAUGGGCUGAGUCACGACGGUGGUUUGAGGUUUAAAGGGUUGGCUAUGGCGGCGAAUGCGGUGGAGGAGUUAGUGAAAGUGGAGAGGAGUGGGAGAGAGAGAGCUAAGCAGAAGGCCAGAAGAGUUUUGGAAGUGUUGAGAGCUAAAAUGGAAGAUGAUGAUUCACCGGAGAAUGAGGAGGUUGAUUGGGAAGAGUUGCUUAAUGCCGAUGAUGUUAGUCGGAGCCGGUAUCGACUCGGUGGUGAGAAAUCGUGUGUUAACUCGGCCGAGUUUUGACGUGUUUUUUUUUUAACUCGUUAUUUAUUUGCUUUUCGAAAAACAAGAAUUAAUUGUGGAUUUCUUUUUUAAGAAAAAUUCUAAAUAAUAGGGUUUUGGGGUUGUAAUUAGUUGGAAGUCUUGGAGAUGAGAUUUUUUCUUUUGUGAAAUUUUUUUUUACGACUGGGUGGAUUCUUUGUAUUUUCUGGCCAUUUGGGUGGCUUUUCUUUUUGUUAAUCCCAUCCUUUCUUUUCUUAUUAUCUUUUGUUUUUUAUAUAUUUUGUUUUAGUAAAAGGAAAAUGAAAAAAAAGUUGUAAGGGGACUAAGGGAUGACUUUUUAAUUCCUUAAGAGAUGGGAACUGAUUCUCCCACUGAAAAAAUAUAUCAAUC